AUGGAGAAUCGUAAAAUAAAGAGACGUGGUUAUUAUUCCGAAAUCAUUACAGGUACCGCGACACAUCCUGUGAGACCGGAAGUAGCUCUUUUGAAUGCUGCACCAAAGAGAGUGAAACUCCUAUGGCAAGUUUUAACUGAGCAUCAUAGUGCUCGCGUACAAGAAUUAAAGGACCAUGAAAAAUAUAAUUUUCUUGGCGAAGCGAAAAGAUGGAUCACCUUCCCGCAGGAUCGAUCUAUCGUAUUUCCUGCAGAAACAUUCGCCCCAAACGUGCAAAAGGAGCAGAAUGUAAAACCGAAAGAACUUCCGCGAAAUGUCGAGAUAGAAAGACUGCGUCGAAGUUAUAGAAACUUGAAGAUCGAGGAUGUCUUGGAAGAGGAUGGAACUUCGCCGAAGGAAAUGCUUCCACCGGCGGUCGUUUUGUCAUUAUUAUCUCACGAGCAGAUAUAUGGUCUAUUUGCCACAGCGUCCAUUUUGCCGUUGGAGAUUUUCGACGACGAAGAAUACGAUUGUAGAACAACCGAGGACUGGAUAAGCCUCAGUAUUAUUGAUGGGGUUCGUUAUCCAUUACCAGCCGAAGUAUUCGUGCAAAAAUAUCGAGACACGGAUGAGGUCGCUCGUAUCGAUGACGAAGCUUUAAAUCAUUUAUACAAAUGGUACGACGCGGCUGUUACCUAUUACGAUUACAAGCAUAAAUUAUGGUCGGUGUUGACACUGGAUGGACUCAAAAGGAAAUUUUCACUUCCGAGGAUUUACAUUCGAUUUUACGCUGAAAAUCCAAGAGUGUUUGCCAAAAGGCUGGCAACAGCAAUCGAACAUAGGAAAAUUGCUGAUGCUUCUAUAAAGUAA